AUGACUGAAGACUUGUACCCAGAAAACAUUUCUGAAGAAGGCAUAGUUUCAGAAGAUAUCCAAAUAGUCAACAUACAAGUUCAGAAACAACUAACUUAUUUAGAAAUUCAAUCUUUACAAUUGACAAAUCAUAUUGAUAAUAACUCUACAAUAAAAAUGAUUUUUUUGCAGCAUAUACAAAAUACAUGA